UUUGACUCCAAAGUAAGCCGGAAACUCUAUAUAAAUAGCUACCAGGUAUGGAUCGCUGAAAGGCAUCAUAUGAUCAAAGAAAGCAGAGGAAAUGGGGAGUAAAGAAAGGGAGAGAUAUUUUGUUUUCAUGGACUAUGAUCCUGAAUAUGAGCGCAUUCGAAAUGAUCGGACAAAGAGAGGAGCAUAUGAGCUCGACAUGUAUCUGAGCAGGAAGCAUGAUGAGUUAUUGGCAAACACCCUUGCGCAUGGCAGCUACAAGAAGACAAUAUCUUUGAUCAUUGUUGAUGGUUUUGCAGUAGAAAUCACUGAAGACCAGGCAAAUGCGCUUAGAUCUACUAAUGGGGUGAGAGUUGUGGAGAAGAAUCAAGAAUUUCCGAAUUAAUUAUUAAGAAGCUAGAAGCUAGGGUAUCCACUACCCAGGAAAGAGCUGUGGUAGAUUUGGUGUCACAUGAGUUUAUAAACUCAUUCGUGUACAUGGAGGUUGAGAUAUUUUCUCUGGGGUUACUUAUGAUCUCAAAAAACCAAAAAAAAUGAUAAUAAUCAUAUAUAAUAAUAAUAAUAAUAAUAAUAAUAAUAAUACUGGUGAAUACCAGAGAGAUAUGUGUUAAGUGAUAGCAGGAUGUUAUCUCAGGAAUCCUGUUUUCUCGUUAGCUAGAUGGGACAUCUUCAUUAAUGAUGACCAGGCAGUAGUACUGCAAGUAUUGGGAUCUAUAUAUAAUGUAUUAAGUUUUGGAAGAUCAGUGAUAUAAAAAUGAAUGCAGGAAAAACUUAUUUUUAUGUGCUUCAAAA